AUGACAACCGCUACGACCACGACUACUACUACUACUACCACGACUUCAACAGCCCUUUCACUCUGCAAUUCAAGUUGCAUUUCAACUUUAAUAUCUAACACAUCACUUGUUGCUUUCUACACAUUUGAUUCAGUUUUCACUGAUUCAAGUGGUUUUUCCAAUAAUCUAAGUGGCACUUAUCAAUCAUUUGUUACUGGUUAUGUGAACAAUGCCGUUAGUUUCAUUUAUGCCAGCUCACAACGUCUAACUUCCAGUCAAACAAUGAACUUUUAUCAAUUAUCAUGGGCAAUAUAUAUAUCUGCUACCACAACAAACACUGGCUAUCUAAAUGUAGCUAAUCGGGUUGUCAGCGUUGGUAGUUGUCCUAUUGGUGGUAGCUCUCCUGCACAAGUUUAUUAUAGUGGUUAUCUUGAUCAUUUCACUAUAGCCACACGUGUUAAAACAGCCUGUGAAAUCUUACAAGAUGCUACUCUUGUUUUCUUCUAUCCAUUUGAGAAUUCAGUUACAGAUCAAGGGCCAAAUUUACUAGUGGGAAGUUUGUCCAACUCUGGUACUAGUUAUGUCAGUGGAUACACUGGUAAUGCAUUACAAUUAAGCACAACAGGUGCCUAUUUUCAAGUAUCAAGCAUAACUGGAUUGGGUAUUAGUAAUCAAGCCUUUUCAGUUGCAAUUCGAGUGAAACCGACAGCAACUAGUGGUCCAUUGGUUCACGUUUCCUCAGCAGCGAGUGGAUUAGGAAGUUGGUGUCUAACCUUUCUUGGUUUUUCAUCAAAUGGCCAAAUUAUUGCUAACGUUUGGACUUCAUCAAAUACAACUGUUUCUGUUACUGGUCCUAUCCUGCAAAUAAGUCCAUUUUGGACACACAUUGUUCAAACAUGGUCUGCCACAAAUGGCCUAUGUCUCUACAUAAAUGGUUAUUCGUACGCCAAUGUGACAAGUGCUACGUCUUAUGCAGCUUCUGGAGCACAAAAUUAUUUAACAUUAGGAACAGUCUUGAAUGGUAUAACGUGUGCAGCUGGAUCAAUUCAGAACACUGGUCAAUACCUAGGAGCCAUAGAUGAUUUUUAUUUGUAUAGUAGAGAAUUGAGUCAAAGUGAAGUUUGUCAAUUAGCAGGUUUAUAA